AUGGCGUGCUUUGUAGUUUUGAUCAUCUUCGUGUUAUUGCCAUCUGUUUCUGCAAACUGGAAGCGCGUGUCUGAUGCAGAAAAGGAUCAGCAGAUUAGACUGAUCUUUGCAUUGAAAUUGGUCAACAUCCGCUGGCUGGAUCAAAUGUUCUGGGCAGUUUCUGACCCAAAGUCAGCAGACUACGGAAACUACAUGAACUUCAACGAAAUUGCUGCUAAAGUGCGUGCCAGACCUGGAGCAGUGGAACGAGUUACCGCCUUACUUGGGAGAAAUGGGGUGAGCAUUAUUGACGUCUCUGCUGGGGGAAAUUACCUAAUUGCCUGGAUGAAGUGUAGCUCAGCCAAUAAAAUUUUUAACACAACAUUUGGAAAUUACAUCUUUGAUGACUACCCAGAAAUUGUUGUGCAUAAAACUACCACCUAUACGGUUCCAAAUGAAAUAGUUGAUGAUAUUGAGUUUGUGCUCGGAAUUGACACGUUCCCUAAAAUUGGAUCAAGCUGUACAACACAAGUUAAACUGAACUCUUUGUUGUCUGUUGAAUCGGAGACAACCCCUGCUAGUAUCAUGAAGUCAUAUAAUAUUUCAUCAUACGAGAGUUCUAGUCCAGGAAAUUCCCAAGCUGUCGCAGCAUUUCUAAGCGAGUACUUCAGACCAUCUGAUCUUCAUCAAUUUCAGGAACACUACAAAGUUCCUACAAAUCCUGUUGCUAAGGUGGUGGGAGUGAACAGUGCCCAGAAGGCAAAGGUGGAGUCUUCACUGGACCUACAGUAUAUCACUAGUAUUGGGAGAAAGGUGGCAACAUGGUUUGUCUACACUCCUGGUCUAGUGAAUCAUGGUCAAGAAGAUUUUCUCACAUGGAUCGUUGGUCAAACAAACACUACCGAUUCUCCAUGGGUUCACUCAGUCAGCUAUGGAGAUGUUGAAAGCUCAAUCCCUGAUUCAUUCAAAACCAGAGUCAAUAUUGAGUUUCAAAAAUUUGGAGUCAGUGGACGUACUGUCCUCUUUUCAUCAGGAGACAGUGGUACUGGUUGCCACAAUGAAAAGUAUGUUCCCAAUUGGCCAACUAGUUCACCAUAUGUAACAUCUGUUGGAGGUACCACGAGAUAUCAAGAUACCGAGAAAGCGGCACCAUUUGGUGGUGGUGGAUUCUCAAACUUCUUUGAAAUGCCACAUUAUCAAAAAGAUGCAGUACAAAAGUAUUUGCAAAGCAACAAGGCACCAUCAACCAACUUUUUCAACAAGACUGGCAGAGCUUAUCCUGACAUGAGUGCAUUUGCCACAAAUUGUGAAAUUGUCUACGAUAAUUCGUGGCUAUAUGUUGACGGUACCAGCUGUGCUAGUCCAAUUGUGGCUGGCAUUGUAUCAUUACUUAAUGAUGUUCGUAUGAAACAAGGCAAGAAAACUCUAGGAUUUAUUAAUCCUCUCCUCUACCAACUGGCAGGAAAAGGGUUCCAUGACAUUGCUGAAGGGUCAAAUGGCAAUGGUAUUUGCCCAGGAUUCAAGGCAGCAAAAGGAUGGGAUCCAACGUCUGGUUGGGGCAGCCCAAACUUUGGAAUAUUGAAAGGUCUGGUCUAACUCCAUAAAUUCUUGUUCUUUAGUUGUAGCUGGUAGUUUUGUAAUCUGUCUUGUCUGAAAUCUGUAGAGCAUUUUUGUUUUAUUUUAUUACAAAGAAAGGACCACCUAACUCACACCCUAUUGAAACAGC